GUGUGUGCGUGCAUGUGUGGCCUUGACGACUUAAAAGCUAUACCUUUUCCAGUUUCCUCUGGCGCUACCGCAUAACCUAAUAGCGGCAUUUUUUUCCUGUUUUGCCAAAUGAUUAAGCAGAAAAUUCGAUCAAUUAACAAUUUCAAGAUUUCAACCCUUCAAUGAUCCUCAUCUGAUAAUCUUCCUCGUAAUAGAGACCAAACAUACGUUAGCCAAAUUGAAUAUGAGAAAGUCCAGAGCCAACGACCGGCAGGUUAAAUCCCGGCUGAAGGUCGUGAGAGAGGACACGUCAUCCCCGGUGCCAAGUUCGAGUUACCAGAUCUUCAUCUGGAAAGUCGCCAUCCCAAUCGCUGUAAUGGCUGUGGCUGCCGGCCUGUGCUACAAGGGUUACAACGAGACCCGCGUCAACACGACCUUCAGCAAUGAAAAACUCAUUGAGGUGAGCCGGCUGGACAAGCACGACUACUACUGGGGCUCGUAUAGACCUGGUGUCUACUUUGGUAUGAAGACCCGAGAGCCCUUUUCUUUGGUGACAGGCCUCAUGUGGUACUUCCCUAACACUCUGCAAGGUGAUGGCAGAGGACUAAGGCACUGGUGCACUCAGGAAGACAAGCUGGAAAGGUACGGAUGGACCAAGCACGAUGGUAAGAACUUUGGAAUACAGGAGAUCGUGGAUAACAAAGUACUGCUAAAGACUUCAUUUAUUAAGAACACUCAUGGGUUGAAUGGAGGUGAUUGGACUGCUAAGAUCAAUGUUACAGCUCUGAAACCAAGUAUCAAGAAUAAAAAGAUUUCGUUGUUAUUUUACACUGCCAUUGAAGACAAAACCAAUGGAAACAUCAAUCCAGUGGUUGAUCAUUUGAGUGAUGCUCUAACUGGUGUUGAGGGAGAAACCAAGGAGCUGGGUUACUUUAAUCUUAAUUUCAAUAUCAAGAGUGCUAGCUCUGUCGAUCAGUCAUACUUAAUAACAUCAGCACCUAACUUGAGUGUUUUAAAGGAGACAGUUAUGCAGAACCUCAGACUAGUGGCUGAAAAAGAUAAUACCAACAUGGGGAGAAUUGUUUUAGCUGGUGAGGAACUCAGGCAGAAAAAUGGAAAAAUGCUUAUACCCAAUUUCAUUGUAACUCAAGUGACAUCUGAAUUGCCUAUGGAGCUAGAAGUGAGAUUUGAAAGAAACAGCAUUGUCAGUCACAAAGAAAAACUAUAUGGAGAAAAUUAUGACAAAGCUCUGAGUACUUAUGAAAAGCAGUUCGAUGAGAGGUUUGAGAAGACCUUCAAACUGAAAGAAAAAGGGUACAAGAAUGAUGAAAUCAAAUUUGCCCAGCUGGCAUUUUCCAACAUGAUUGGAGGCAUAGGAUACUUUUAUGGAUCAGCACAGGUGCAAAGUGUUCACACUCAAGACCCUGUACCUUACUGGAAGGCACCUCUUUACAGCGCUGUACCCAGUAGGAGUUUCUUCCCCAGAGGCUUCCUAUGGGAUGAAGGUUUCCAUGGUCUUCUUCUAUCCAGUUGGGAUUUGGAUAUAGAAAUGGACAUCAUCAGUCAUUGGUUUGAUCUAAUGAAUGUUGAGGGCUGGAUUCCUAGAGAAAUGAUACUUGGUGAAGAGGCUUUGGCCAAGGUCCCAGAAGAGUUUGUCACUCAAGUUAACACCAAUGCUAAUCCACCUACGUUCUUUAUAACUCUGCAGUACAUUUUGGAGCACAGACAUGGUGAACUUCUAUCCAAACAUUUGCACUUGCUUGACAAACUAUAUCCCAGGCUGCAGACUUGGUUUGAAUGGUACAAUGUCACCCAGAAAGGUGAACUUCCCAGUACUUACAGGUGGAGAGGUAGAAACAAGCAGACAAAUAAGGAGCUGAAUCCUAAGACCUUGACAUCAGGUUUGGAUGAUUAUCCAAGAGCAUCUCAUCCAACCAAUAAUGAACGUCAUAUUGAUUUGCGCUGCUGGAUGGCACUGGCAUCUAAAGUCAUGGCUACUCUUGCAGACAUUUUGCAAAAGCCAUCAAAUAAAUAUGAGAAUACUUUUGAGUACUUGUCAGAUAAUAGAUUGUUGAACGAAUUGCACUGGUCUCCAAAAACCAACACUUAUGCUGACUUUGGCUUACAUACAGACAAAGUCAGAUUACAGAGACCGAAUCAAGCCUCUAGGCAGGUGAAAGUGAACCAGGAUAAAAUAAGAGUGGUUCUAGAGGAACCAAAAAACAAAUUUGUAGAUAGUUCCUUUGGCUACGUUUCCCUCUUCCCAUUCAUUUUGUGUAUUGUGGAUCCAAACUCAUAUCAACUGCAGAAGAUUUUGCAGGAUCUUGAGAAACCUGAAUUUUUAUGGACCAAUUAUGGUCUCAGGUCUCUUUCUAAGUCAUCGCCAGUGUACAUGCAAUACAAUACUGAACAUGAUCCACCUUAUUGGAGAGGGCCCAUCUGGAUGAAUCUUAAUUACUUGACUGUAGCUGCUCUACAUCAUUACUCUAAAAUAAAUGGUCCAUACAAGGCAGAAGCAAAGAGAUUGUACACAGAAUUAAGGAAGAAUUUGAUAAAGAAUGUUAUUCAUCAGUACAAGACAACUGGAUACAUUUGGGAAAAUUAUGGAGAUACUCAUGGAGAAGGAAGAGGCAGCCAUCCAUUUACUGGGUGGACUUCUUUAACAGUUUUAUUGAUGGCUGAACUUUAUUGAAAGCUUUGUUAUUCCUUUAUGCAUUUUUAAGAUUCUAAUAGUCAAUAGGACAUAGAAUAGGGGAGCCUUAUACAAUAUUAGUUAAGAUAAAAAAGUUAGAAGCUAAUUAGAUCGAAUUAAAAAAGUAACAUUAUGUAGAACUUCUGAAAUUUACUGAUAUUUUAUGAAGUAUUUUUUUCUUAAUUAUUUUUAUAGGUAUAGUCAUCUGUUAAUUGAAACAGAAUUCUCUAAUCGACUAAAAAUCUUUGUAACAUACAUCAGGGGCUGUAGAAUUUCAUUGAUAGGGUACAGGUCCAAAAGUGUAAAUAUAUUUUGUAAUUUUGUAAUUAUUUUAAGAAACUUGUUGAUUGUUAUUCUGAAGAAAAGCAUUCUUUCUGAAUUAAAAAUUAGCUUUAUAGAAAUUAAUUUAUCUGAUUUAUAAGAUUAUUUGUCAGUAAUGGCUAAGGAAAAAAAUUUGGUCGGAGUAUGUUAAACAAUUGAAUUGUUAUCUUUUAUGGAAACUUGAUUGCUGUGUUAGAAAUUCUAUCUUUGUAAAAUGUUAAUUAAUUAGAACUUAAGAUUUUCUACAAUUACACUGUACAUAUAAUACAUAGCCUCCUCAAUCUAUUAAAAAAAAUGUCUAAAACUAGAUCAAUAAAUCUGCACUGAAGACACCACAUAAAUUCUAUAAAGAGGAGGUUCUAUUCCUGUACAGAGAAAUUUUAAGAGAUUUCAUAGAAUCUCGCCUAUCUGUCUCAGCAAAAUAUGCAGCAAAAACAUCAGCUCAAGUUUAGAACUGGAUUCAUCAGAAGAACUACCUCAUAGCUACUAAUUGUCAUAUCAUACUGUUCUUAUUAUGCUACAAUUUUGAAUCUUAUACUACUAUGCACCACAAAACAUCAGUUGACAGCAAUUAAGAUGCUUUAAACAAAAAGUUGUAUAAGAAAAAACUGUUGUUGGUACCUACAUUAAAUUAGUGACUAAGUGGAUCAGUUCUAGUUCUCCUGUGCUGCAUGAAAUGUUGGAAUACUUUUUCCUAUGGAAAAUUUUGCACCACUUUUUUCAGAUCUACAGAUUUAAAAUAUAUCGGCUUUUAGCUCUUGGAGGUUCAUUGAUUCCAAUACAAUCGCGUACGCGACAAAUCAAACUUUUAUAAAUCAAACACUUAGCUCUGCAUUUUACGCACACUGACUCUAGUAAGAAACUGAUGACAAAAGAUAGAAGCUUUUGUUUUCAUAUAAGAUAAUAUGUAUACAUAAUAAUUUUGAUUCAUUUAUGUAAAGUGAAAACGCAUAGAUACUGGAUAGAAGCUUUAUUAAGUUUGUAAUGGGUAUAUAAUUUAUAGAUGAAUAAAUUGUGAUGGUUGCCUGGGUGAUGCUUGUACCAGAGAUCUUUUAGCUACAAGAGUAGAUGUAAAAGAAAUUUCUCUUGAAUGCACAUCUUGCACAUGCUAUUAUAAGAAUAAAUAAAAUACUUUAUAUUAAAAAA